AUGGGUCUUUUUAUACCUAGUUUGCUUGCUAGUUUUACGAUAAAUCCAUGGUCUGAAGUUGGUAUGGCCAUCUACGCAGGUGUCUUCACUACUUUCUUACUUAUACUUAUGCCCCGGGCGAAGCAUAUCUUAACAAGAGCUGCUUUUCUAGGCUCUUAUGCUGGCGCUAUCGUAUGGACGGCUAAAAAGCUCUGCGCAAUCAUGAGAGGUCAAAAUGUAGUUGGAACUUGGUGA